AUUGAGACGGGCGAAGUCGAAUUGAAAGAAGGCGAUGAGAUAGCUGUAAUACCACCAUUGAGCGGCGGAUAGUAUGGACAGCAUCAUUCUGACAGAGGAGAACCUCAGCAUCGAGGAGGCAUGUCAGAGAGUUGGAGACAAUACGUGCGGAGCGAUAUCUACAUUUGUUGGUACGACUCGGGACAGCUUCGAGGGCAAGAGGGUCAUAAGCCUCGUCUACGAGACUUACAAGCCGAUGGCGGUGAAAGAAAUGGAAAAGAUCUGCGCACGCAUGAGACAGAGGUGGGAUGGAGUGAGGCAUAUUUGCUUCAGGCACAGGCUGGGCGAAGUGGCCAUCGGCGAGGCGAGUGUCAUUAUAGCAGUGUCGUCGGUGCACAGGGCAGAUGCUCUGGCUGCUGUCGGAUACGCUAUCGACGAGCUGAAGAAGACAGUGCCAAUUUGGAAAAAAGAACAAUAUGCUGAUGAGCCAGCCGUCUGGAAAGAAAAUACAGAGUGUGACUGGAAAUCACCCAGUUAAUAGUUCAAAAUUUAUCAAUUUUAUAGUCUAU